CCCCUUAUUAGACUCGCAUUGUAUAUACUAAAUAUGCACAAAUCUAGAAAAUCAAAAUGUGUCCCCGACACUGACACCACCGCUUGGAAGAAGUUUGUGGCUUCCGUGCGGCCAUUGCACCUACAAAGCCACCAAUCUCCACCGCGAGUCAUGGAGGCUCAACCGGUUCCUUCACCAGUGAUCUCGUUUGCUGAACAUGUGGAGAUUGAUAAGCAACUUUUAUCUCCAGCUUAUGCAAGCGCAGGUUUAUCGCCAUGCGUAAUGAGCGAAUAUGCAUCGGCAACGAAUCUGUAUGAACUUGAUGACUUGGGUGGAAGCGAGGAAAAUGAUGAAAAUAAUGGUUUUUAUGAUAAAAUUGGGGAUGAGAUGAUAGACAUCAAGGCUGAGGAAUUCAUCGCCCAAUUUUAUCAACAAAUCAGGCUUCAACAUGAGGCUUACAGGAACAAUGGGACAUGAUUGAGGUUGCAAUCACGACACACGCAUGCAUGGAGGGACAUUCGGUCAGUGCAUGGAUUGAUAAUGAAAAAUUGUUCAUAUGCAUCUGGGCUUAAAUAAGCCAAUCAAUAGAAUCUUCUUAAUUCAAUUCUAAUUCGGAUGUGACACCUACCAUGAUUAUAAUUCAUACAUCUUGGUGCAACUAUGAAUUUCAAAAGAGAAAGCAUAAAAAAUGUCUCUAUUUAUUGCUAUAUGGUUAAUUUAUUC